GGUGGUGGAGGUGGUUGUGUUAUUGGAGAUCUUUACCAUACGAUAUUUGAAACGGUUAUCAACAAAUAUUUUUCAUAUAAAUAUAAGUUUAUAGCAAGUUCAUGUAAAUGUCAUUCUUAGUCGAACUUGAUAGUGGAACGUUUAAUACGGUUUACGGAAGUUCUAUAAAAUCGAAUUCAUAUAAUUAUUCAGUAUCGACGUGCUCAUAUAAUUAUUCAAUAGAAAAUGGUUCGAACAAUGAAAUCAUCAAAGGAGGCAUUGAGACGCAAGAAUCAAUUGCAAUCGGAGGAUAUGAUAGAGGAUCAUUCACGAAUGAUGAUGAGUUCUUCAUCGUCCGAGGACGAAAACGAGCCCAAAGCACCAACUCCCAAAAGACAAUAUUCCAGCAGCGAAAAAGAGGACAGCGACGACGAUUGUCAGGAAAUUCCUCCGGGUCAAGAAAUUCAGAUGAGAAAAGCUGCUGCAGUGAUAAUACCAGAAUGUCAGAAAUUAUCAGAGGAUCCAUUGAUGCCGUCCUCUCAGGAAUUAGUAGUGGAGAAGGAGGAUCAAGAACAGAAAGCUGGGUGCAGCAACAACAGCAACAACAACAAAGCAAUGUUGCUAAUAGAUUUAAUAGAGUUAAUAUGGACUUCAAUGUUUAUGAAAAUAAUUAUAGAUGUAUUAAUGAAAGUGGAAAGAAUUUAUGUAAAAGAAAGAAAUCUAGAAAUGAAGCGUCAAGUAAUAAUAAUACAGAAAUUGAUGUUGAGUAUAUUGAAAAAAAUGAAAGUGAAUUCGACCGAAUCAAAGAAGUUUUCAUUCAAGGCUUUCGCAAACUUGUGCCAAAAAGAAGAAUUAUACAUGAGAUUUAUGAAAAAGCCUUUACCGAACAUUUUAGUAGAGAAGAUUAUUCAGAUUUACGAGAAAAACAUCGAGGAGCCGUGUUCAUCAUUUGCGACCACGAAGAACACUAUCAUGUCAUCCACGACUGUACCUAUCACAACUACUCAUGCCGUUGUUCCAUCAUUGAACGAUGGAAGGCAAGAGAAGGUGUUGGGCGAAGAUUUUCUAGACGAACUUCUCCCAGUAUCGAGUACUCCAUCGAACAUUGGGUCAAUCUCGCAAUCUAUUGCGAGAGGGACUCAAGACAAAUUUGUACAAUGGACAUCGCCGGGCGAAACUGGAUUCCAUGUCAUAAAACUCGAUGUUUACAAUUUUUCCAAGAUUGCAAAAUUGGAAAAAAAAAAUUGGUGGAAGGAAGCCGAAGUGCGGACAACCUUCUUAACGAGUUCUCCACUCGAUCCGAAUUACAUUGCAAUUCAAAAAAUUCUGAAGAAUGCGCAGAAUGGCAAAUUGAAAAAGAGCGGGUAUCAGCUGUUAUAACAGACAAUGUGGCGAAUAUGGUCAAAGCAAUUGACAUAUCGUUCGGGAAAGUUAAGCAUAUCCCAUGCAUUGCGCAUAUUUUGAAUUUGGUGGCGCAACCAGCAAUCCAGUCCGAAUCAGCAAGCAAAAUUAUUUCUAAAAUUAAACAAAUUGUCACGUUUUUUAAGCAAAGUUGUAUUGUCAGCGACCAAUUACGAAA